UGUUUUUAGAGCAAAUUCGCCAGCGAUGUAGUAUUAUUUUUCUUCCUAAUUUAGGUGCAAGUAUGGAUGGGUCAAUAAAUGCAGGACAGGAUGCAAAUUUUGUCCUCUUUAAAAACCAGUUGAUGACUUCUAUACAGGAAGUAUAUAAAAUGAAGAGUAAGGAACAAAUACAAUGCCUUGAUCUGCUAAAAGUGGUCACUGUGCAGUUGGAACAACUGCUCAGGCUGCUUGGAACAACUGGAGUUUGGGUACAUGGUGACAGCGCAGGGUGCGAUGGUAAAACUUUACCUGGAUUUUCAGCUGAUAGUGAAAUACAAGGAAACUCAGAUGGAGAAAAUGAGAGAAAUAAGUGUUUCAGUAAAAUCAUUGACAUUAUAUCAGAGCAAUCUUUAUUAUGCCUUCCCACACCAUCUACCUGCCAGAUAUCACACAAUGUAAAGGAUUGUACAGAGUUCCCUUACACAGCCAGGCAGAGAUAUGUGGGGGAUACUAGUGUUGGUGCUGUGUGUGGCAUACUGGAUGAACUUGUAGACCAAGUCGUUAACCUCAGUCAGUUGGCACUUGCAGCUUCAGAGACGUUUACAACUCAGAGAGGCAGAGUUGUAUCAAAACCUAAUCUGAAGAAAACUAUGGAAGGAAAUGAUGCUGAAAUUGAACCCCGACCUAAAAGAAGACGUGGGCGUCCACCGAAAAAUAAAGAUAGCCAAUACUGCAAGACAGACACAGUGACAAAGAAGAUCAAAAUGAAGGCAUUAAAGACAGCAGGUGAUAGGCAGCGUGUCAAACAGCAGAGACAGACAGUUUCCAGCAAAAGAAAAAAUCCACAUCCAAGAAAGCUCACUCAGUUGGAAAAUAAGGAGACCAAAGCAGUGGAAGAAGAUCCUUCAUUGGCUGUUGAUGAAUUAAAUGAAAAAGAAAACGAUGAAGCAAAUGAUGUAGAUUACAGUGCAUCUGUAGACCAAGGCUCAAUGUCUGAAAAUGAAGAUGAUGAUGAUGAUUACAAACCAGAUAGAAAAAUGAGGAAAAGGCGUUGGAAACACAGACGGAAAAUUGUACANUUUUCAUUUUGCAGGGGUGUCACCAUAUGGUGCCUCACGCCAAAAUCGGCGUAUUAG